GAAAGCGGCUCAGGUCCACCCUUUCCGUAAGACGAUAUCAUGGCGGCUAAUGCUCGUGUCAUAGUCGCCGACUGAAAAUUUCCGUUCUCUUUCUCUCUUUCGGCAUUGCCAAUAUAUACCCUUCUUCCUAUAUCAAUUUCUGAUGUGACUGUGCGUGUGACCAGCAGUUUCUCGUGCAACUCCCAACAUCCCCAAGUCCACUGGCUAUCCGUCCGCCCCAGGAUCUUGCUUUAUCACGACACAGCAACAUCCGAGCUGCUCUGUGUAUCAUGUCGAACCCUGUGGUUGACAGUGAUGUUCCCCUCAUUAACGGGGCCCAUCCUUCUAAUGCAAUUGAAAAAGUGACAACAAUUCCUAAUCCGGAAAACGAGCAUCCGGUCGAGCCGCCGUCCCAAUCGCAGAAUGGAGAGGCUGUUGAAGCUAGAGAUCCGGAGCGCCCACAGCUGCCUGACCGUGAUUUCGAGUCGAGCAUCUCUACCAGCAACGCCGACUUUGACGAUCUGAUGCUUUCUACAAAUGGUGCGCCUGAUGGCAAGUUGAAUGGAGGAGCCCCGAGCGGGACUCCCAAUGGUACCGGAAAGAGUUAUGCAGCAGCAGCAGCUGAGGCGGACGAGAGAGAUGGCAAAGAAGAAGAUUCAAACAACGGUGAAAAGAGUUACGCCGACGUUGUCGCUGACAGAGACGCGGAUAACACCAGCAGACAUGAUCAAUGGUCCUAUCCCAAGCUCCCCAUUACCGCUCAACCUAAAAAUAUCAAGACGGGGAGCUGGCGUGCCGGAGGCAUUCGUUUCGCGCCAUUGCGAGUGCCCAUGAGGCGACGGCUACAGACUGCAGCAGUCUUAUUUCAUUGCAUGUCUAUUGCCACAUUUGUCUCAGCCUUUUGGUUGAUCUGCGCCAAUCCGCUCGCUUGGCCUAUCAUUAUAAUUUACCUGAUCCAUCUUGCCCUUUCAACUGCAGGAACUAACGGUAACCUGACCUACCGCUCAGAAUGGGUACGAAGCCUCAAGCUCUGGAAGCUCUUCACUGGAUACUUCCCCAUGAAGCUGCACAAGACGCACGAACUACCGACCGAUAGAAAAUACAUACUUGGGUACCAUCCACAUGGCAUCAUUUCCCAUGGAGCCUUCGCCGCCUUUGGCACUAAUGCUCUUGGGUUUCGCGAACUGUUCCCUGGAAUCACCAACACACUCCUCACUCUCGACUCCAACUUCCGUCUUCCCUUCUACCGCGAUUAUAUCAUGCUUCACGGUCUCCAGUCAGUCUCUAAGGAGUCGAUAUGGAAUCUUCUCUCAAAGGGCGGUCCUAGCAAUGAUGGCCGAGGCCGCGCUGUUACUAUUGUUGUCGGCGGUGCCCGCGAAUCGCUCGAGGCCCAACCAGGAAGCCUUCGCUUGAUCCUCAGGAGCCGAAAAGGGUUUGUCAAGAUGGCACUUCGUACCGGAGCCGAUCUAGUUCCUGUUAUCGGAUUUGGCGAAAACGAUCUCUACGACCAGCUGAGCCCUAAGACACACCCCCUUGUACACCGAAUCCAGAUGAUAUUUCUCAAGGUUUUCAAGUUUACCGUGCCAGCUCUCCACGGCCGUGGUGUGCUCAAUUACGAUGUUGGUCUCAUGCCUUACCGUCGACCCGUUAACAUUGUUAUCGGACGGCCGAUCCGAGUUGACAAGGCCCAUGGACCUCAACCAGGUCAGCAGGACAUCGAUGAGCUGCAUGAACGUUAUGUUCAGGAAAUUGAGAAGUUGUGGGAUGCAUACAAGGAUCAGUUUGCUGCCGAUCGCAAGGCUGAGAUGGAAAUCUUUGCCUAAAUUUUCUCUUAUGUGUUGUAAAAUGCUUGGGAUGCUUAUAUAUUGGUUGUCAGAUUGACAACGACAGGAGUUGUUCACAUGGUACAGGCAGAAUGGCGUGGGGUUUCGUAUUUUAAUUGUGUCUAGGAUGGCCCGCAUGUCUUCUUUUCUUAGGUAGUUUCGAAGCUUGUAUCCAGCAAAUUUACUCCCAUUCACUAAUUGCA